AAAGAAGGCUGGAAUAAAUGCAGAUAACAAUGGUUCUUCUUCUACUUCUUAAGAGAGGGAGGGAGGGAAUGAGUUGGGGAUGUGAAGAAGAAGCUUUUUGUCUGAUUGAUUUUGCUUCUCUAUCAGCUGCAGUUGGAGGAACAAAGGGAUUGGAAGUUCAUCACAACACUGACAUCUAUUUAUUAUGAUCUCAAUUAAGGUAUUUAGUCUACGAGGGGGAAGGAUCCUGCUGCAAUCACUGGUUUUGAUACUUGAACGAGUUCCAAGUUCUUAUCGGAGUGAGGAUCCUUUCGUGCAGCAUCUUUCUUGCUUUGAGAGCUUUGGAUAUUGGUGCACUCUAGUUAUUCGGUCUGGGGGUUGUGAUUAAGCAGAAUUUUCGAGAAAUAGAUUGUGGCUGAUCAAGUUUUUUGGCUCUUACUAAUACCAAGUUUGUGGAGUGCUUGUGUUCUGAUACUACCCCUCAGGCCUCGGCUAUAAGAUGAGUCAGGACCAAAAGUUCCAACAACGGUGGGAGUUCAGAAGGGUAGAUGAAGACUGCGAUUCUUCAAGCAAUGAUUCCAAAUCAAUUUCUGGUGGCAAGCCACUUCUCAAGAAUCACAAGUUGGUUCCAGAUUCAUUUUUUCCUGAAAAUGAUGAGACUACCAAUCCACUGUCUCAACAGGAGAAUCAAUUGAAUCAUGGCAUGGCCACCCCUUUUGAAUUUGGAAAAGCUGACAAAAUGGACAACGGCGCAAGCAGUAAAAAAUAUGCAGCUAAGAACAAGGUGAAGAGGGGUUCUGCGAGAAAGAGUUACGGGAAGAAGAAUAAGCUCAGCUUGCAUCAGCCUAUUUCGCUGGACGAUUUUAAGAUCUUCACAACAUCAGUGAUUGAGGAGCUUAAAGUUGCUAGAGAGAACAUGUUUGCAAGUAUGAGAGAUGAGAUGGAAAAAUUGGUGGCUGUUGAGGUAGCUUCAAGACCCAAAAGGAAAAAAGGCAGUCGCGUGCAGAAAGUUGGACGAGGGAACUCAGGGAAGAAUCGGAAGGACGUUGAAUCAGCCAUGAAAACUAAAAAUGGCGAUGGUGGAUCCUUAGAGAGGUCUAUGAAAAGUGACAGGACAACCGAUUCGAAUAACUGCUAUGAAGCACUUGAAAAGCAAGUUAACCAUGACCAAGUUGGAACCAUUGCAUCCAAGGAAAAGGAAAAGGAGAAGGAAAAGGUAGAAAAGUUGAGAUCAUCUGCUAAAAAACCAAGUUAUCCGUCUAAUCUUUGCGAGCAAGUAGUUUCUUCUCCAUAUUUGACAUUACCCACUGAUGUGUCCAAGCCACAAGCUGAAAACCGGAAGCUUGAUUCUUCUUGUAAUUAUGCUGCUAAGAAUGGGAUUGGUCUAGAAAGAGCGAAGGUACUCAUUGAUGCAAGUACUCGUAGAGGAUACUUCUCGGGCAUCCAGCAAGCAGAACAGUUUGGAUGUUUUUCUCAAACGGGUUCACAAAAUUUGAGUUGCUUUGAUCAACAAUGUACUCAAACAUCAAAUAUGGGAAAUGGGUUUCCAGUUCCACUUCAUCAAGGUUUAGAAAAUGGUCAUCACAUUCCAAGCCAAGCUAAGGAGAAUAUGUCUGGUGAACAUAAGAUUUUGGGUUUGAAGAUGAGCGGAGGAGCAAUAAGAUUCUCCGGGGGAAGUCAUGCUUUGUCAGAGAAAUUUGUUUCUAGCAGCAUCCGUAGCAAUAUGAACUAUAAAACUGAUGGUGGAGUUGUGGCGUUUGGAUACCGGGAUAUAAAAGAUAGCAAUCCAUACCAACACUAGAGUUGGGAAAAGGAAAAUUGACCUACGGAAAAGAAAUCAAGAUCGUAGCUGUUGCUUUGUUGCAAAUAGAGCUCAUGGUGCCUUUUCUAUUAGUAUCAUUCUUUCUGAGAAGAGAUGACUAGUAAAGCUCCACAUGGGAAGUGUUCCAUUUUAAAUUUUGAAGCUGUUCGUCCUGCCCCGAUAUUGUUCAUGAUCCAAUGUUUACCAGUAGAAAGAAGCAAGGGUUGGUGUUCUUUGUACAAAAAUUUGAUACAAUCGUUUAGAUUCGGUUGAGUUUUGAUCAAGCUUGGUUUUUUUUUCUUCCACAAUUUGUGUCCUAAGAGAUGCAAAAUGUUAAAAUCACAUGUCUGGGUAGGUACAUUGGUCAAUAGGGGAGUUUCUGGAAAUACUUUCAAUGGUUUUCUUAGUAUCAGUUAUGCACCUUAUCAGGGAUUU